AGAAAAAGAAUUUGAAAACAAUUACAAAAUUCACAAUAUUUUUCUUUUAGGAUUCAAAAUCUCUGGAUCAAAGUUCAAGUUCCCCACCUGAUUCUUCAUUUUCCUCUUCAACUAGUUUUAAAGGGCGUUAUGAAAAUGGAUUUUCUCCCCAGAUGCGAUCAAUUUCCUUUGCUGAAGAAAUAAAAACUGCAGUGUUAGAAUGGAAUUCAAAAGUGGGUGGUUAUAGUGAAAAUAAUUUAUCACGGAGUCCACAAAGUUUAGAUAAUUUGGAACAAGUUUCAAAUAGUAGCUUAGAUAGAUUUAUUGAACAGCACCAAGUUGUCCCUCCUAGUUAUCAGCAUGCAACUGGUGAAAGUUUCGGUUAUCCAAACUGCCUUCCAGUAACACCUUUAGAUAGAGAUGAUGAUUUAUCUCCUCUUGCUGCAAGUACACCAUUGCCUGUUGAAAUUCCUCCAAAGAAAAGGAACAUGAUUCAGAGUGAUAGACUGUCAGCAAAUUUAGGUAUGUAAACUAAUAUAACAUAUUAA